AAUGCUAUUCUGUCCAAACAAACAUCCAGUGCGCAUCAUCAACAUCAACCGCCACCUUAUUUAUUUCUCUCUAAAAGGAUUCCUGGUCCUGAUCUGCAUUGCGCUUCGGGUCCUUUUCUCCCAGGCCCCAGUGCUACAUGGUUUCUAGUAAAGCUCUCUGAGGUUGUGAAUGGUCACCAGUCCCCUGGCAGUUGCAUGUGCAUCUGGAUCAUGCUUUAUGUCGGUGGGCCUGAACUUCGUCACUCAGCUGUUUUGGGUGGGGGAGAUAAAGGGGCACUGAUAUAAUGGCCCCGUUCUCUCUGCACGCACAUCCAUUGUGCUAACCAGCUUGGAAACGCUCCACCAUGGAGUGGCUUUUCAUUGCCGUGGCAACCUGCUUGCUAGCCCUCUGCCCUGUCAAAGGUGACGAGUGGAGGCUGGAAUAUGAGGAAGGACUCAGUCACUACAGCGAGGAAGCGCUUGGAAAGGAGUUUCCUGAGAAGACCAGGCCAAUCAGUUUCAAACAUCCACUGUUCACGUGUCCUGAUAUGAGCCCCUCCUCUUCUGUGCCAACCUCAGUUGAGCUGGUGAGGGCAGCAGAUGUUAAAGUGAUCGCUGCCCUUGGGGAUUCAUUGACAACAGCCAUUGGUGCAAAUGCAACCACAGUUCUUGGCAUACCGAUUGAAUUUCGUCACGUGUCAUGGAGCAUUGGAGGCUAUGGAUCCUUUCAAGAUGUCAUUACACUGGCAAACAUCAUUCGACUCUUCAACCCCCACUUAGUGGGUCCUGCCCCAACCAAGACGGUCCAUGGUACCCCAGCUCCCCUAUGCGAGACUGGAUUUAACCUGGCUGUAACCGGACACAACACCUUUAAUCUUCCUGAACAAGUCCGACAUUUGAUUGAUACAUUGAAAACAUAUGAGGAUAUUGACUUUGAUGAAGACUGGAAACUGUUGACCAUUCUAAUUGGGAUGAAUGACAUCUGUGAUUACUGCAAAGACAAGUCCCUGUUUUCGGUGGAGAACUUUGUCCAUUACAUGACUGUGUCCUUGGAAAUGCUGAUGAAUGAGGUUCCUCGAAUGAUAGUGAAUGUGGUCCAGAUCCUGCCGAUGGAGACCCUGAGGGAAGUACAGAAACCCACCCCAGGAUGUGUGCUCCAGAGGUCAUUUUGCUCCUGUCUGGUAAAGCCAGCUGCUGGAUCUGCUGAUCUAAAGGAGCUGGUUGGAGUCAACUUAGAGUUCCAGAAAGCACUGGAGCAGCUCUUGCACAGUGACCGUUUCUUUAAGAAUGACUUUGCUGUAGUUUUGCAGCCGUUCUUGAAACACGCAGACCCUCCAAGACUCCCUAAUGGGAAGAUUGACAUGAGCUUCUUUACCCCGGACUGUUUCCACUUUACUAUGAAAGGACACGAGGAGCUAGCCAAGGGACUGUGGAACAACAUGUUUCAACCUGAAGGGGAGAAGUUUCUGGUGGAGAGCUUUUCAAACUCUAUUGAGCUUAUUUGCCCCCCAGUGAGUCAUCCAUACAUUUACACCAGACCCACUGUUGUAAAGCCAGGCCCGUCAGCUGGCAUCAGACUAGCUGUUCUCCACCUCAUGCUUGCCUUGGCUUUCCUUCCACUGUGGUUGGCUGUAAAUCUGGCCUCCUUGUAGGACAUCCAUAUGGAGUAUCAUGGUACAUCAUGUCUGCCCACCUGAUGUUCUACUUGUGCUAAAUAGCAAUGCUUUGACAGUCUCAGAACCAUUGAGGAUCUAUUUUGAGACUUGAGCCACUGCAGGAUGAUCUAUGAUAAAACUGGGGAACGAGGGAGUGAAAGGUGAAAAAACAAGUUGUUAAAAAAAGAAAAAUGGACUUAUAAUCAGUAUCAUAUUUAAUUGCUCUGUGGAGUUUCUGCAAUGGAAAUGUUAAAACCUCAGAAUCGAACAAUAAAUGCUAAUGUGAUGACGUUUUCUGAUAUACCCAAAUAAAAUGGCACAAGAGCAGGUGCAAAGCCACGUUUAGCUCUGCGUAAUGCUGCUAUAAUUCAUUUAGGUACGAAAGGUAACCGUGUUAGCUGAUUCCGGGUUGUCUGAAUAAAAACUGCCAGAGGUUACACUGUAAACUCAUUAAGCCUCUGCGGAUAAAGGAUUUGAAUGUUGAGUGAGAACAAUUGUUUUGCUUCUGAGAGCAUGGUGAAAAGUAAACUGUUUGCGAUCUUCCUAAUGCCCGCAGUAAUAAGAUCAUUGUUUUGGAUGCUGCAACAUGAGAAGUCCUUUUGGUCUUCUCAAAUAAAGAUUUCAGAAGGGACUCUUA